CUGCUCAGCCACCUCGCAGGGGUCCUGGUUCGGCGCGGAGGCCCGUUGCCGUACAGCAUGGCGGCGCUGUGGCGGAGGCGGGAGCGUCUCCGGCGAGUGUUGGGGCUGUGCCGUACGGUACGAGCCCUCUCAGGUACGGGGCGCCCGCUGGGCUCGGGACCGGCAGAGGCCGCGCCUCAGCCUUUCCUCGCGGGAAGCGGGCUGCCGUCUUCUCCUGACGCCUACAGCGGGUGGGGAGGGUUCCCCGAGCCCUUUCCCACCACCCAGACGCGGGGAGAGGCCCGCGGACGCCUUACUUGAGCGACCGCUGUGGGGACCGGAGACUGCCGCCCUCCCCGGAGGCGCCACUCUCCUCCCUCAGCUGCCGAGGCGGGGAAAGGAGUAUGAUCUUCUGGUAGUUGGUGGAGGGUCUGGAGGCCUUGCUUGUGCAAAAGAAGCUGCUCAGUUUGGAAGGAAAGUAGCUGUUUUGGAUUAUGUGGAACCUUCUCCACAAGGAACCAAAUGGGGACUUGGUGGAACUUGUGUGAAUGUUGGCUGCAUUCCUAAAAAGCUUAUGCAUCAAGCAGCCCUUUUAGGGAGUGCCCUUAAAGAUGCCCAACACUAUGGCUGGAAUAUUGCCCAACCUGUUCAUCAUACCUGGUCUCUUAUGGCACAAGCUGUUCAGAAUUAUGUGAAAUCCUUGAACUGGGGACACAGAGUACAACUGCAAGACAAGAAGGUGAAAUAUUUCAACAUGAAAGGGAGUUUUUCUGAUCCGUAUACGAUCCGUGGUUUAACAAAAGCAGGUAAAGAGACUAUUGUUACUGCAGAAAAUAUUGUCAUUGCUACUGGAGGAAGACCAAAAUAUCCUACGCAUAUUGCAGGUGCACUGGAGUAUGGAAUUACAAGUGAUGAUCUGUUCUGGUUAAAAACAUCUCCUGGAAAAACGUUGGUUGUUGGAGCCAGCUAUGUUUCGCUUGAGUGUGCUGGUUUUCUAACAGGCAUUGGAUUGGACACUACAGUCAUGAUGAGAAGUAUCCCACUUCGUGGGUUUGAUCAGCAAAUGGCAUCUUUAGUAACGGAGCACAUGGAAUCUUACGGCACAAAAUUUUUAAAGAGAUGUUUCCCAACCAAAGUUAAAAGAUUGGAGGGCAACAGAUUGCAAGUGACCUGGAAAAACACUGACCUGGGCACAGAAGAAACCGAUUCCUUUGACACAGUGAUGUGGGCAGUAGGCCGAGCCCCUGACACUGAAACUCUCAAUUUGGAGACAGUUGGAGUGAAAACUAAUUCUGAAACUGGAAAGAUCAUUGUUGAUGCCAGUGAAGCUACUUCUGUUCCUCACAUUUAUGCAAUUGGAGACAUAACAGAGGGCCGUCCUGAAUUAACACCCACAGCAAUAGCUGCAGGAAAACUGCUGGCUCAGCGUCUUUUUGGACAGUCUUCAGAAUUGAUGGACUAUGACAAUGUACCUACUACAGUUUUCACUCCCUUGGAAUAUGGUUGUGUUGGACUGUCGGAAGAAACAGCUGUGCGCUGUUAUGGAUCAGAUAAUAUUGAGGUAUACCAUGCGUAUUAUAAACCUUUAGAGUUUACAGUGGCUGAAAGAGAUGCAACUCAAUGCUAUAUGAAAGUGGUGUGCUUACGAGAGAGAGAGCAACGAAUACUUGGCCUUCAUUUCAUUGGACCAAAUGCGGGCGAAGUUAUUCAAGGAUUUGCUCUUGGAAUCAAAUGUGGUGCUACGUAUCCUCAACUAAUGAAGACAGUUGGCAUUCACCCUACCUGUGCUGAAGAAAUUACCAAGUUGCACAUUACAAAGCGUUCUGGCUUGGAUGCAACAGUCACAGGCUGCUGAGGUUAAAUACCAUCCCUGGAAAGAAGGAAAAAAAUCACAAAAUAUAUUUGUAAAGAAAAGGGGCACUUAGAGUUGAAACAAUUUUAAUGGUUUGAGUUCCAGGAAUCUUUCUUGUUCUCCUGGUAGACAACUUUUUCUUACAGCCAGACAAAGAAAUUGUUCUUGCACCAUCACAGUUCUAAAACCAAUGCAGUCCUGCUAUACCAAAUUUCUCUCUUUCAAACAGUCUGUAACUCUUCUUUUGCUGUGAGCUAGGGAAUAAUCACAUACAUAAUUGAAGCCAGUGACAUCUAAGGCCAUCUAAAAAUUAAACAGUUUUCAUUUGACUUUCUCUGUUGGCAUGAGUGACUGCCAACAAAGCUGUCUCACAUAAUGUUCAUAUAGAUGCUAGGAAUCAGACAGGGCCUACCUUAGAACUUUGGUGAUGAUACUUUCUCCUUCUUUCUCCUUAAAUACUUGGACAAGUCAUUACCAAUCCUAAUUUUGAACACUGAGACUGUACUCAUGAGUAAAAGAAAAUCCUCAGAGUAUAUAACAAUGGGUAAGCAGCCAUGCUUGGGGUUUUUUUCUUUAUAAUGUAGUAUGUACAGGAAUUUAAUAGAAAAUCACUUAUCACCGAAGCUGUUCUGCUACUGGAUGAAUCCCAAUGGAUUAAUCAGUGGCAGCCUGGUCAUAACAUUAUGGUGUUGACUGAGAAUGAAUGAGCUCAGAGGUGCUAAAGAGUUGAAUUUUACAGUGAGUUCUCUGCCUAUUUUUGAAAUUUCUAAUGCAGUUCAGUUCAAAUUAAAUUGACAUAUCUCGCAAAUUACUGCUUGAACACCAUAUAUUAAACAAUGCUGACAAGUAGAAUCAAAACCACUAAUAAUUCAACUCAUGAAGCAUUUUUUGUUUUAUAGAAUGCAGAAAUCUGGCUGACACAGUAAUACAUUCUGUUGGUUUGUUUUUAAGAUUUUCUCACUGAUGAGCUGGAUAUUACAUCUGAAUGGAUUUAGGUCUGGCUUUAAUAAAAUAUGUUAAUGAAGGGAACUACAUUAAACAGUGAUCUAGAAAAGAAAUGGUCCUGCUCAGAACAAAGAUAGAAAAUAAUCUGCAAACUUUUUUUUUUUUUUUUUUGAGUAUCAGCCAGGGUAAAAAAGCAUUAAUCUGUUCCAAAUUUCUGCUUAUUUUCCUGCUAUCCAGAAGGGGGAGAUGCUGGCUAAUUUGUGGCAA